AUGCAUGGUCCCUGGAGGUCGUUGCAGGAUAUGACAGCAAACGUUUAUGUUUCUCAUGGAAGCCCUUCAGAGAUUUCCAAUCGUCAUUCAGGGCUGACUGAUAAGACUCUUAAAAAUCAGUUUUACAGCCCAUCUCGACUCGUCAGAUCAAGAGCUUCUUGUAGAUGGCCGGUGUUCGUGGCUCGGGCCGUGGACUAUGACGAAUGGUAUCCCGAUAAGGAGGACGAAGGUGCCGCCGUGGCCGUAACAGAGGAGGAGAAGCCCGUAGAAAUGACGGAAAUUGAAAACUUGAAGAAGGCGUUAAUUGAUUCGUUCUAUGGGACUGAUCGCGGGUUGACAACGACUAGCGAAACGAGAACGGAGAUCGUUGAUCUUAUUAGACAUCUUGAAGCUAAGAAUCCGACUCCCGCACCAACUGAGGCGUUAACUUUGCUUAACAGCAAAUAG